UAAUUUGGUUUGAGGACAACAGCUAGACCGAGGAUGAAUCCAUUACACCGGAAGGUUCUCGAUCAACACAGGAAAGCUCUGGUACAGGACUUAAUCCUGACCGAAGACUUCAGGGCGGAGCUACGUCAAUCUGACCUUUUCCCGGAGGGCAUGAUUGACCUGAUCAUGGCUGAAAGAAUCAGAGGAGAGAGGGUGCUAAAGAUGCUUGAGCUGCUCCCAACCAGGGGCCCUACAGCAUUUGACACAUUCCAGUCCAUUCUAGAAAAGGAUUAUCCUUGGCUUCAAAAAGGCCUUCAGGAGGAUCUGGACAAGGAAAUAGCAGCACAACAACAACAUGUUCGCUGCAGUUCAGACCAUGACCAUGAAAACCAUGUUGUCAGAAGUCGAGCCUCAUCUUUCCUCCACAAAAAGUUUGGGCAAAGUCGGAAAAUAUCAGAAAAAGAUAAGCGUGCCAUAGAGAAAUGGCUGUCAGACUGUGUUCAAGAGGAGAGAACCCUGUGGAAGCAAAAGUUGGAAAACCAAGCACGAAGCAAUGCUCGAUCUACAGAAAAAGGCAUGGAGGAUAUAUCCUCGCAGAUAGAGAUCCUCAAUCUGAAACUAGAGAUGUGUUUGUUUGAUUCCACCCAGACCGGGGAGGAGGAUGAAGAAACGGCUGUCAAGUCCAAACUGCAUCGUAAUUUAAAACCUGAGGACGCGAUCCUAUACCUGGAUCAGAACAUUAACAAUGUGCGUGAAAAGCUGCGAUCUUUGAGCACUGAUCAAGAAAGGUGUCUUCAGGUGGCCUUGGUAGACAUAAAUCCAGGCGAAGUGGGCGCAGCACGAGUUAAUCCGUCAUCCUCAACAUCGGUUUACAAAGAAGUGGUCCGAAUGAAACGAUAUUAUGAGAAGAAGAUUCAAGACAUUUUGACUGAGAAAGAAGCUGUUGAAUGUCUACAGAAAGAAAAAAUCGAGGAGUUAAUGGCCGAUAACCUUGAUAUGAUUGAGGCGAGGAACAAGCAAAUGGAUGAAACUAGGAACAACCAAAAAGAGAUGUUCAGCCUACAGAUGAAAAAGGGCAAACUGGAGGAGCGGAUCCAGAGGCUAGAAGCAACGAUCAGAGAGCAGACCAAAACUAUCGAGAAUAUGAAAAGUCAUCUGAACAGCACUCAAAGACACAAAGACAAACCUCUGAGUAACCAAAGUAACUGGCAAAUCAUGAGAGGUCAAAGGGGAACCCUGGCUUCACAGAGAACCAAACGCCGAAUUCUCUCCAAAGUGAACAGCACAUACUUGACCGAAACGACAAAGCCUUUGAACAAAACAACGAAGGAAUAGACGCUUGACAAGACAAUGACUUUGUACAGUCACACUGGAUCAGUAUUGCAUGCACGUCAUCUUAAAUGUGCAAGACAACGACAGAAAGAGAAGUGAUGUCUGAAAAGCCCAUACAUGUAUGUAGUUUUGUUGUCAAUGGUGAGAAAAACGACCUGAACCAGAUAUUAUAUAAAUAUAUAUCACCAGUGAAUAUAUACAUGUUUUCAACUUUUCCUGGAACUCUGGAUACCACAAGGAAUAUUACUGACUGAAGUAUUUUGCUUGAAUUUGGAUUUCUGUAUUUCUUUUUGUGAAUAAGAGAUUCCUGAAUCCAAACAUUAUGUCAUUGCAAAAAACACUGAUGCAUUUCAUAAAUAACAAAACCCAAAAAUGUUUUUUUUUACAUUACAUCAACUUGGAUGUUUGUUCUUCAGUUUGGACAUCAGUGUGUUACAUGAAUGCAAACUUGGAUGUUUGUUCUUCAGUUUGGACAUCAGUGUGUUACAUGAAUGCAAACUUGGAUGUCUGUUCUUCAGUUUGGUCAUCAGUGUGCUAGA